AGUAGGGGGUGCUGAUUGUUUAUUAUGAUGGAAGUCGUUGAAGUGGAAUUAGGUUUUUUUUUAUAUUCUCGUCUCUUUUUACUUAUUUAUUUUUAUUCUCAGUAUUUACGCUAAUGAAUAGCUUUUAUAUCUGGCAGUUAAGUUUACCCUGCAUUUACAUGCCUGUUCAUUUGAUAAGUAGCUGGCCGUUGUUGGCAAUACACAUGCUUUUUACUGACGGAGUACGGGCAAAUAACUCUUGACAACAUGGGUUUGACAACUGUGGAUAUUGGUGAACAGUUUAACAGAUGGUGUCGCCUAAAAGACAUCAAUAAACUAACGAGUAAUGAGGAGUUUGCAACCAUAUUGUUAAAUAGAUUUGAAAAGAGUCCUGUGAUGGUGGUGUCUCCAUCCGAUGAUGCGGUGGUGAUGUCGUAUGGUCAGGUGGAUGAUGUGCGUAAGACUGAACACGGAAGUGAGGACCACAACAACUGUGAUGGCAUUCUCAAGGAUGAGGAUCUCACCGAUGAAGAUAAUUUUGAAGAGGCCCAUGUUGCCACUGAGCUGAAGGAACUUGAAGGUACGACAGCAAUUAAAAAUUGCAAGACUGAUAAAGCCAAGCCGAUGAAUGGAAGCCAGGAGAUGGACGUGAAGACCGAGCCGAUGGAUCUGCCUGAAUUAACCAUUUCUGUGAAGAAAGAUAAACAUGUUAAGAAAAGGAGAGCAACACACAAGGAAGAGCGUCCACAGAAGCGCAAUGUCUCCGUGGUAACAAGGCGAAAGAAUAACGAAUGGUGUUGCGAGACCUGUGGCAAGUGGUACCCAUCGCGGAAGUCCCUGAUACGCCACCAAAAGUAUCACCUAGAAGCGAGUUUUGAAUGUGAAACAUGUCACAAGAAGUUCCACCACCAGUGGCACUACACGACACACAAGUCUGCUCACACCGAGGCCUUCCUGUGUCCCACGUGCGGCAUUCGCUUCAAGCACAACACUUCACUGCAGAGGCACGUCGACCAGGUGCACAACAACAAACCACAGUUCUCAUGCGACCUCUGCAACUCAGGUUUUAUGACCAAAGAAAAUCUCGAUGGACACAAGGUGAAGAAACAUAAUUUUCACAAACAGUUCUUGUGUGGAGGUUGUGGGGCGGAAUUCACCUUCAAGAAGAACCUAAAGUACCACGAAGAGAAAGUGUGCGGCAAGCGAGACACGUCCGGCUUUGCCUUCACCUGCCACCUCUGUCCUAAAGCGUUCAAAAGCAAGAAGAACUUGAAGCAGCAUGUGCACGGCCACAACGAGCCGACGUUCACCUGCGAGCACUGCGACAAGGUGUUCAAGUGGAGGUCAUCGCUCAACCAGCACAUGCGAGCAAACCACAACGUCCACGCCAAGCCGGGCAAACUGGUCAACAUGUUCGAUAGCCGCGAACCAGGACUGUUUCCGCACCAGUGCAGGAUGUGCAAGAAGUUGUUCAAGACAAGAAAAGCUCUCCGAAAACACACCACGGUGCACAAUCCACCCACUCUGAUCUGUCAGUUCUGCAAGAAGGAAUUCCGGUGGAAGUCGUCCUUCAAAGACCACCUCAAGUUAGUGCACGAUUUCGACUAUGUGGCAGCUGGCCUGUUCACACAGAACAAAAUGAAGAAAUCGGUCGAGAAAUCCAUAGAAAACCUUGAAUUUGUUUCAAAUCCAUAUGUAGAUAAAAUGCAUCACAUAGACAUGAUUACACUGCAGCAGCCAUCCAUGGAAAGUGUAACUUCCAGUUUAAUGCAGUUAUCCAAGGUGUCUGUAGAAGAUACUGCUGCAUCUGGAAUGUUGGCCAUGGCAGAGACUCCUGUGACUGGAAUCAUUGGCGAAGAAGAGCCGCCCGUGUCAUGUAUGAUGUCCUUUCCAAAGACGUUUGAUGACAACCCCGUGUCUGGACUGGUGACAAUGACACGCAUGUCUCUGGAGAACCGAGACGUGUCCAGCAUUAUGUACAUGUCCAGACAGGUGGACUACAAUAACCAGGGCCUGUGGCCAAAGACUUCGGCUGAGAUUGAUGCAGUCACUGGAAUGAUGUCUCUUCCCAAAAGUGAGGAGAUGCACAAUUCGUACCUUUGACAUCCAUGUACAUUACACACAAACUCUGAUAGUGUCUCCGUCUUGGCAACUUAGGGCACUGUUAUGUUAGUGCAUAGUGACAAUUUCGCACACAUCACUACAGGGAACAUUUUGUUUUCAAAAUCUGGAUUAGCGAUAUUUCUAGUCAGUUGAAAAUUGAAUAGCAAUUACUGUUUAAUGUUUUUAAAAAUUGGCGUAGCGAAUCUCGACGCAAUACUGAACAAUGUUUCCGGGACUAGAAGCACCAUUAGAAUGAUCAAUACCAGCAGUAUUAUGUCAUUAUAAUAAGGGGAGAUCAUUCAAUAUUCUUGGGGUCCACUAAUGACACAUGCUCAUGGCUUUUAACCUACAUCAUAGCGUAUAGCCUUAUGUGCAGACCAGAGUUCCAUUCAAUGCAGUCUUUUUGUGUAUGUUGGCUAAUUUUAUUAUUAGCUCAUCAAAUACACCGGUAUCAUUACCUUUACGUGUUAACAUUGUUUUAAGGAAUGCCUCAGUAAUUUUAAACACAUUGAUCCAAUAUUUAGCACUAGUUGGUUAAUAGCACACACACGCAACUGCUGAAAUAAAUUGAAGUGUUUAAAAAUAUUAGAAGUUUAAUAACUCAGUUUUAAUACGCAUACAAAAAUCUUAAUUGUACAGCAUUUUUAGUGCACUUAUUAUUUUGUUGAAUAACAACAAAAUAAGUAAAUGUAUUUCGGUACAAAUGAAUAUUGAUGUAAACUUCUUCUGCGCAUUAGACCAACUCGUAUGACGAAGGUUGAGGUAUUGGACACCUUUACCUCUGUAGUAAAUGUCAAUGUGUGUGUGUAAUUGUGCACUGCAGUAAAAUGUGAACUACUUCUGUGCAUUAGACCAACUCGUAUGACGAAGGUUGAGGUAUUGGACACCUUUACCUCUGUAGUAAAUGUUAAUGUGUGUGUGUAAUUGUGCACUGCAGUAAAAUGUGAACUACUUCUGUGCAUUAGACCAACUCAUAUGACGAAGGUUGAGGUAUUGGACACCUUUACCUCUGUAGUAAAUGUUAAUGUGUGUGUGUAAUUGUGCACUGCAAUAAAAUGUGAACUACUUCUGUGCAUUAGACCAACUCGUAUGACGAAGUUUGAGGAGCUGGACACCUUUACCUCUGUAGAAAAUGUCAAUGUGUGCAUGUAAUUGUGCACUGCAGUAAAAUGUUGUCAUCACAAGCAUCAGGAUUUCAUAUUGUAUGAGAGACUCUUUUUCUUUUUUUUCCCAGCAGAACCCAGCAGAAAGUUUUCUAAUCAUGGUUGCAGUGAAUUAUGUUACAUGAUAAUGAGCAACAGACUAUCAGUUCUGGAAAUAUUUGUUUCCAUGAAAUCCAGGGCUUACAUCAUGCAAUUGGAAUGUUGUCAUUAUGCAAUAAACCAAUUAUUUUACUAGUA